AGGGCCUCCCUCGUUCCGGAAAAUCCAGCGGGAGCCGGUGAUGGGCCAGGUAGUCAGGUUCCAUCUCGCGGAGCAGACCGGCGCGGAGCUAGUGGCUGGCCGACUACAGUCCCGGCAAAAGGCUGCCAGUAUCGAAAGCGACGCCAACCACAAGGCAGCGCGCGCAGAUGCGCAAAACAGGGCGCGGAGUAGUGCGGAGUUGCAGCUGGCGGCCGUAGGAGGGCCGCCCCGGGAAGUGGGAAGGCCAGCGGGGCCCCACUCGACGGCAGGCCCCUGGUAAUGGGGAGCCCGGCAAGGGCCCCCGCCCGCCGCCGAUAGCAGCAAGCCUGCCUAGGUCGUAUGGUCAGCCCUGCGCCCCGGGCGGCUCGCUGGGCUGCGCGUGCAGGCCCCGGCCCGCCCUUCUGGCGUGUCGUAGGCCGCGGAGCGCCCAACCCCGCUGGCGCCUCUGCUUUGCCCCUGUUUUUCUGCCUGUGCGGCCCUGGCGCGCGCGGCCACUGUGAUCCUUUUUUUUAGCGCGCCCUUGUCGUAGU